AACGUUUGAUGGAAUCGGAUGAAAUUGACAUAUAUCAGAUCGACUUGUUUCCAAGGCCAUCGCUUGAGGCCAAGUAUUCUAUACCAUGUUUGACGGUGGAGAGAUCAGUCGCAUCAGCUGGUGGUGGUGCCUAACGCGCUGUCCGGUUCUAGCAGGCACUACACAUUCCCCGCCUCCUUCCUCACUCCCUCCCUGAGCCUCAAGAGGGGAAGCGAGACGUGCCAGAAGUUACCCGACAUACACGGGGUGUGGCUUUCUGACAACGGGCUCCACAAUACCCUACUUUGAUCAUCUCAACGAUAUUCCUGCUUACUUCCAAAGUCUUGAAGUUCCGUGACCUGGUCAAUCCAGAAGAGGGUGGAGGAUGGCGCGCCACGUGCUGCCGCUGGUGCUGCUGCUUGUAGCUCUUGUGGUGCGACUUAUUUUGUCUGCACCUGUCCCUGAGCCCGACACUGAACACAGUCAUAUAUCUGAAGUGUUAAAGGUGCAACAUUCCAUCUUCAGUGGCCUUGGUCCCAACCCGUGCCGCAAGAAAUGCUACAAAAGGGAUUUCUUGGGUAGAUGUCGCCUGAAUUUCACAUGUAUGUUUGGAUGAAAGAGGCAAAAUUAUCAUGGAGCAUACCGAUACUGGUCUAUUCUACUUUAUGCCCUUCCAUCUCGGUUGUACUUCAAGCUAUGUAGCACUCAACGCAGUCUCUCGACCAUUUUAGUCUCUCUCUGACACGCUUACGCUAAGUUUUUAUAAUCAACCACCACAACAUGUUUGCACAGAUUUGCUGGCCUGUGUUGGUUCGGACAAAUGUAGUAUCAGUGUAUAGUUCCUAAUCAUUUUUAUUUUAUACAUUUAUCUUUUUCAUUAAUAAUCUGCCUGCGACAAGAAUGGCUUUGUGAUGUGCAGCUUUAUGUAAUAAUUAAGUAUUCCUAUUAUACAAGACUAAGUUAAUAAACAUAUGACUUAU